CAGCUGUUCCUUUUUAUUUUGUACUGGUAUAUGUGCUGUGCUUUUGCUCUGCUCUGGCGCCUCCUGGUGGAACCUGGAGGAACCAGUGAGUCCCACGCCAUGUGGGGAAGGGAAAGAGAUGAAACUGAGCCCUGCAGCAGGCGCCGCCUCUUCGGGGGAGCCUCCCACCAAUGAAGUCGCUCCUGAGGCGGGACGACUGACUAUCCCGAUGCGCUGGCAACAGGUUGCGCUGGUAGCGGGCUGAAUUCCCCCCCAUGUCCUCAGUUCGCCGAGUAACAUCUUCUCAUCCCACCACCACUGUACAGGGCUGCUGCUGCUGCUGCUGUAAAGACUGACAUACAACAGCACCCCUGACUGAGGAGGAGGGAGGGAAUAUUUCUGGAUUCGGAUUAUCUCCGCAGGCUGCGCGCACAGAAACCAGGAAGUGAACAUGAGCACUCUCUCCACCGACAGGAAGCCACUAGUGGAUUAUGGCGUUCAGAUUCGCUUCAUCAAGGACCUCCACGACACAGGCGGGGGUUAUCCUGAUAAAUCCAAAGGAAACAACAGUGCGACUCCUCCUUCCAAUAAAUAUGGAGUGGCAGUGCGAGUUCAGGGAAUCUCUGGACAACCUUACGUGGUCCUGAAAGAUGGUGAGAAAGGCGACUCAUAUGGAGUUCAGCUAAACACUCCCGCCCCCAGCUCUGAGUCAGCGUCACCUUACAACAGCCUUCCCAAAACUAAUAAGGAGCCAGCAGAAUUUGUAAACCCCUACACCCCUGUUGCAACCACAGCACGCUCCCCAGUCUCUCCGGCAGAGGAUGAGGAUGGGGAGAUUUUCGGGAGCCCUCUUAAGCGACCGCCGGGGGAUGGUCAAGCGGGAACACAAGGGGAGGAGGAAGGUGGAGCUGGAAGACAAGGACAGGUGGAAAGGGCAAAAGCUGAACCCCAGCUCAAAGCCACAGCUAGUGAAGCAGAGAAAAACAGAGACUGGACUAGUACGGAGGAGAAGUAUAACGAAGCAGGGCUGAAGCCUGUCAAAUUAAACGGCGUGGGACCCAGAGGGGUCAAGCAAACUGGCUCUGGUUUCACCAGCUCUUUGGGGAGGUCCAGUGGGAAAAAACCGAGUACCAUUUCCCCCUCAGAGUCGUUCCCAGAGCCUCCAGCAUCAACCGAUAAGGAGCCUGCCCCAGUGAUCGACACCAACUCCUUGGCUCCCAUCAACAAGCUCAUCAGUAAAUUUAACAGCGGGACGCCAGGCAGCGCCCCACAAACCAGGGGCCGCUCCGGAGCGAGGCAGCGGCUCAGAUUCGACGAGCGCAGGCGUUCCAGGAGUCUUGAUGCUAGAAAAGAUGUUCAGCCGGAGGUUCCCCUUCCCUCUCCCACCUCCCCCACUCUGAAUCCCUACGCUAUGCCUCUGUCUAGCUCCUCCAAUUUGUUCACAUCACCUGCCCCAGGGAGCGGUAGCCUGGGAAGGAGCCCCACAUCUGUUGCCAAGGUGACGGCACUCGAGGCCCCCAAGCCAAGCUUUAAGUCACCGGGGAAGUUUGUUGCCAAGGACUUCCCUCCAGUUAUAGCUAAAAAGCCUGAGAUACCUCAGAGGAGCCUGAGUCGAAGUGUAGACAUCAUCAGUGGGGACGAAGCUCCGGUCAAGCAGUCUAGUUUCAACAUCCUCAAAAAUGGCAACAGCGAAAGUGAGGGAUCCCUCAACAGAAAGCUCAACUUUGGUUAUGAGACAACUGCCAGUUUUAAGAAGGGAGGAUCUGAUGGAAGCCUCCAAAAGGGGAAUCUUGAGGAACUUCAGGAGCAACUCAGUCGCCUUAAGAAAGAACUGCAGCAGGCCCAUGAUGAACUGGCUGAGGAGCGCAUGGCCAGAGAGGGUGCAGAGUCCCGUCUUCGCCUGCAGGAGGAUCAGCUGGCUGAGCUCCAGGAGGAGCUGAGGAGGGUUUCAGAAAACUCACCUCACUCAGACUCACUGCAGACGGAUUUGAUGACUCUGCAGGCCGAACUUGCUGAGGCCGCCAUGUUGCGUCAGCGUCAGGAGGAUACGCUCCGUCAGCGGGAGCGGGAGCUGACGGCCCUGAAGGGAGCACUGAAGGAGGAGGUUGAGUGCCAUGACAAAGAGAUGGAGGCUCUGAGGGAGCAGUACGGCCAGGACAUGGAGAACCUGAGAAAAACCAUGGAGCAGGUCACACAGUCCCAGGAGCAGAUAGAGGAGGAGAGGGAGAGGGUGAACGCCUCCAUUUUGACCCUGGAGGAAGAGCUGGAGAGCUGCAGAGAUCAGGGGGAGCAGUGGAAGACGCAGCUGGAGGUCACCACACAGGAGCUGCACAAUACCAAAGAAGAGCUACUGAAAUCCCAUUUGGAAAAGGAGGAAUUUGAGAACAAGCUGAAGGAUCUUCAGGAUUCACUUCUCGCCGUGAAGAAGCAAGCGCCUGCGUCUGACGAUAACCGUUCUUUAGCAGAGGAGCUUCAGCGUUGCCAUGACGACCUGAAGCGGGCUCGCGCCGAUCUGGACAAACAAAAGGGCGAGUUAGACGAGAAGAGCGAGGCACUUCAAGCCCUGAAGAAAGCGAGUGGCGAGAAAGAGGCCGAGCUGCUGUCUGAAAUCAGCAGGUUGAAGGAGCAGUCGCAGAAAGACAAGGCCGAGCUGGAAAAGGCGUUCGAGAAGGCAAAGGAGUCAUCAGCAGGAAAGACUGUGGUGGACCACAGCACCAACCAGGAGCUCCAGGAGACAAACACUCGCCUCCGAGAGAGGCUGGCUCGCAUGACGAGGCUUCACUCCAGCGUUCCCCGGAGCUCGGAGGCUGAGGAUGCGUUAGAAGCUCUGGAGGACGAGAACCGCUCCCUGAAGUCUCAGCUGGAGGAGGCCAAGAGGGGAGCCACCCGCCUGAGCAAGGAGAGGGAUGAGCUGACCCGGCGGCUGGAGGAGAGAGACCUGGAGAGGGAGGCGUUGCGGAGGGGCAAGAGCGACUUGGAGGAGCAGAAGAGGCUGCUGGACCGAGCCCUGGAGAAGAUUAACAAAGAGAUGGAGAUGAUGAUGGGAGAUUCCCGUCAGUCGGUGGCAGCCUUACAAACACAGCUUGACGACUACAGGGAGCGCUCGAGGAAGGACCUGCUAGAGGCACAGCGCAACAGCAAAGACAGGCUGGCUGAGCUGCAGAGAGCCCAGAGCAACCUGAAGGCCCAGCAAGAAGAGGUUUCUCGUCUGAAGAAGGAGCUGCUGGUGUGCAGUGAGGAGAGAGACAGCACCCUGUUAGAGAGAGACCUCCUCAACAACCGCCUCAAACACUUGGAGAGCGAACUAGAGACAGAGAAGAGCAGCCACACUGAUCGCAGCAGGGAGAUCAGGGGUCUGGAGGAUAAGAUUAAAACAAUGGAAAUCGAGCUGGACGAGGAGAGGAGCAGCGUGGAGCUUCUGAACGACCGUAUCGCACGUAGCAGAGAUCAGGUGGAUCAGCUUCGUUCAGAGCUGAUGCAGGAGCGUUCUGCAAGACACGACCUGGAGAUGGACAAGAGUGCACUUGAGAGACAGGUGAAGGAGUUGAAGUCUCGUGUGGCAGACAUGGAGGGACAGACCCGGCCCUCGGCUGGAAUCAGCCUGCUGGAAAACAAAAUUCAAGAGUUAGAGGAGAGACUUCGCAGCGAAGAAAGAGAGAAGGCCAGUAUCCAGGCCUCUCAGAGACGAAUGGAGAGGAAACUAAAGGAGCUGAAUGCCACGUUAGACCAGGAGAGAAGUCAGCAUGUUGAGCAGAGAGAUCAGCUCUCUCUGCGCGUGAAGGCCCUGAAGCGGCAGGUGGACGAGAGCGAAGGCGAGGUGGAGCGCUUGGAGGGGGUCCGCCGUAAGGUUCUCAGGGACUUGGAGGAGCAGCAGGAGCUCCAGGAGGCGCUGCAGGCCAAAGUCACAGCACUGGAGGCUGAAUUAAAGCGGAAGUCGCAGCAGACACAUCGUGUAGCUCUGGGCUCCUCUGAGGAUGAGGACGGUUUCUAUGACACCAACAUCACCUCCAUCCUGAGCGAAAGCCACCUCCCGACCUCCAACUGAAGGAGAACAAGAUGACUGCAAGAAUAAAACAAGAUUUUCUUUUUCUUUUUCUUUUUCUUUUUUGGUGCAAAAACUUGUAAGAUUUUGUCAGCGAAAUGUACUCAGGGCAUCAAGGACUGGCUUGUGUGAAGAACUCUGUUGCCAUGCACUACAGACUUGCCUUGCAGUUGUUCUUGGUUUUAUUUUUAGUGCAGCAGUCCAACAGAGACAGGUUGUCAGGAUAAUUAGAUUGCAUUUUUUGAGCCUUCAGCUGUGAUUAUGAUUGCUUCUUUACUGUCAUGUUUUAUCAGUCUUGAUAUCUACUGUUUCUCUGUUCUGUUGAAGAGAAGAAUUACAAUUACAGUCAGAAAUACAGGGUUUUAUUUCACAUACUUCAACUUGAAUUAUGUUUUCCAAAAAUGCUCUUUGCUGUUUUGUUUUUUGUAUUGACCAUAUUUACUGUAUACUCCUGUGCAAAGUAUUUGUUUUGUUCCACUGAUGCCAGACUUGCAAAUUCAAACCUGUUAUAACCAAAAGCUUUUUUUUCUUUUUUUUUCUUACAGUUACAGUUGUUGGCUUUAUAUUUUUUUUGCUUUGCUUGCGCAUGAUAAAUGACAUCAGUGUUGUUAGGAGCUCCCGAGUGUUUCUUUGUGUAUUAAAAGUGAUGUAAUGUUUUGUUUUUUUUAAAUUUCUGAAUGUGACAGUAAUGGGCCAUUUAAACUGAGCCUAUAUUUUUACACCGUAUUAGCUGUGCAUACCUGUUCUUCAAGACAAUCAGAUACAUACAUACAGUAGCACUGUGUAUCCUCAGAGAUUAAUUUUCUGCUUAUAGAUUUUUCUACUUCAGUUUGGUUCAAUAUAUUGUUGUGUAUUUAGCUCGGCCCGUUCGCAUGUUUUCACACAAAUGCCUUAAAAAUUAGUCUCAUGUCUUUAUUUUCACUUAAUAUUGUCACUGCAUGCAUUCUGUUUAUAUGCUGCUGCUGCUGUAAUGAUUUAAAUAGUAUUUCACAUGCUUGCCUGUGCUUGUGUCUCCUGUGCAUUCCUAAUGGAAUUAUCGUAACCUUAGAUUUGGAAGUGUUCCACAUUUCUCCUUGUUGCACCUGGCUGUUGAUGAAUGUUGAUUUUAAUCUCCUAAUAACAUUUUUGAUGGUGUUAUUAUAUUUUAAACAAGUCACUUUGAAAAUUUGUAUUCGGGCAAUUACAAGCAAGGAUGCUAUAAAUAUAGAGUAUGUUUAUUAAGUUGCUGGUAACAUUUGAUAUGCGGCAAAGAGCUUUGUCAGCUUCCCCAAAUUUUUGACAGAUAUGUGUGUACAAUAAAAGAGAUAUAUUGUAAA